UAGGGAGUGUCUGGAACCAAGGAUCACCUUGGUGGGAGGGUCCGGAGAGUGCAGGGCAGGACGAGCUUUGAGAAGGGAGGCCCAGCACAAGCAGGUGCGGGGAGGGGCAGGAAAGGGUGGGGAGGACCGGCUGGUGGCGUCUGGGCGGGUGGCGGCUCCACUCUGCACUCAACGCGGCAGCAGACGGACGGCUGGAGGCUCUCGGCGCAGGUGUCCUAGGACCCUGAUGGCAAACUUCAAGGGCCAUGCCCUCCCGGGGAGUUUCUUCCUGAUAGUUGGCCUGUGGUGGUCAGUAAAGUACCCCCUGAAGUACUUCUACCAAAAGGCGAAAAGCAGCCAGCUGACUCAUUACUAUCAGCGUCUCGAGAUCACUGAAGCUGCCAUCAGGACUUUGUUCUCAGUCAUCGGGAUCCUGGCAGAGCAGUUUGUCCCGGAUGGGCCCCACUUACACCUGUCCCAUGACAACAACUGGGUGAAGCUCAUGAACUGGCAGCACAGCACCAUGUACCUGUUCUUUGCGGUCUCGGGAAUCAUGGACAUGCUCACCUGCCUCCUCACCCACAUCCCCUUGGGGCUGGACAGACUGGUUAUGGCUGUGGCAGCAUUCAAUGAAGGCUUCCUCUUCUACUACCACGUCCACAACCGGCCGCCGCUGGACCAGCACAUCCACUCCCUCUUGCUGUACAUCGUGUUCGGAGGCGCUCUUGGCCUCGUCCUGGAAGUGAUCCUCCGGGACAACAUUGUGCUGGAGCUUUUCCGAACCAGCCUCAUUAUUCUUCAGGGCACCUGGUUCUGGCAGAUUGGGUUUGUGCUGUACCCGCCUUUUGGAGCACCUGAAUGGGACCAGAAAGAUCACGACAACAUCAUGUUCAUCACCAUGUGCUUCUGCUGGCACUACCUGGCUGCCCUCUGCAUUGUAGCCAUCAGCUACUCAGUGGUUUUCUGCAUUCUGACUCGGUCAAAGAGGCCCGGAGAGAGAGAAAUCAUUGGGAUUCAGAAGCUGAAGUCGGGCCACACCUACCAGACGGCCCUCCUGAAUGGCUCUGACGAGGAAUAGAGGCAGCCAUCGGUCCCCAGCGGAGGUGGCGUGGCCUCUGGGCACACACAUGGUGGCAAACUAUGCAGGUCCCCUCCACUUUAAGCCUCACUGCGGUCUGCUCUCAAGAGUCUGUAUGUUUGCACCUCCUCGCUCAUCCAAGUGAAGGCUGUGUUGGGAGGGGUCUCCUUUGUGAAGAAAAGCGAGGCGAGCCUUUCCCUGUGUCUCAGGGUGAAGAGAAAUCAGACCUGAAAGUUUCAGAAGUGACCUCGUGGAUGAAUUGAGGUUAUGACGCCAGCAGAAUUACUGCUUCUGAUAAUUUAGCCCUUUUUCUCUCAAGAAAGCAGGUACUUUCUUAUCAGAAAUUAAGUCAAUAAUGACAGGGCCUUUUAUUAGAGCUAUAAUUCUAAUAUACAUUUUCCAAAAUAAAACAAUCCACAAGUUUUGUA